AUGGCGUCCGCCGUGCAUUUAUCACAUGACCGAGCGCAGACUCGCAGGAUGCACCACCGUGCUACGAGGCAAAUCACGGACGUACUGGGUGUAUGUCUCAAUUCGACGCGAACGAAAGAACAGUGGACGUGUCUGCGUCGUGACAAGCAGCAGGAGCUGUACGCUAAACGUACGGGUCAAGGUGUGAGCAACGGGACUUCUGUGUAUUAUCUAGCUGUCAACGAGGCCUCGUGCGGCUUCGAGGAAGCCUUCGAUCUACUGCAUUUCGACUCAACCAAGCAAUUCCGCCUCAUGAUGAAGCUCCUUCACGGUCGCGACUUCAAAGACGGCACUCUACUCUCCACACGAACAAAGAAACAUUCCAUAAGCGACUGGACUAUGGACACCCAGCAUGCAGCAGUUUGGUUCGUCUAUCAAGACCGCCGCAAGUCCGUGAUGCUGCGUGAACAGCACUUGACGUUCUUUCAAACUCUCAAGAUUUUUCUUCCCGACAACCAGCACCAAGAGCACGACUACCACAGCGCAGCGGCGUCCAUGUCGGCUAACUCGUCAAUGGCUGGAUUAAGUGCCCGUCCGUCCGAUGGUGUACACAAGCGCACAAUCGCGUUAAGUUGGUUGCCGUUCCCUCGCUCGCAUGAAGCGAUGCUGGAGACGGCGCAACAGGUGGAUCUGCAGUACACUCUUAUCGUCGAGGAGAUCUCUCCUAACCGCUUGCGUCUAUCGUGCGUGACGAGUUCUUUCCACGACGAGAAUGACGGUCCUUUGGCUGGCUCGCCCAGAGCCGCACGAGCCAUCGCGCGGCGUCUAGCAAUGCGAUCGGUUGGAAGACUCGAGUCGGCUGUAGCAGCAUCCAGGAUUGGAGACUGUCAACUGGUAGCGCCACACCAAUGGGUGAAGAACGAGGACAGAGCGAGCUGUGUCAUUUGCUGGAAACAUUUCAACGCCAUUUUCCGUCGACGUCAUCACUGUCGACUCUGCGGAGAAGUCAUUUGUGGCUCGUGUUGCUCGCUCCGUUCCAUCAACAUCGUCAGUGCGAGAACGAAAGAAGUACAGAAGACUCGCAUCUGCCAUCUCUGCAACAACAAAGCUCGACUUAAGACGAGCUCACGCGGGUUUUCAAGUAACAAUCACCACAGCAGCAACUAUAACAGUCGAGCGCCACCUUCUCGUCAACGAAGAGAACCGACUCCUAUGUUGGAGUCGGAGUCAGAAUUCGAUCUCCCGCUCUCGUUGCGGGCUCUUCCGCCAAGUCUGAAGCUUGUGGCAGGUCAAGACUUCAUGCUGCCUCCACGCUCAGUGGACUUCGAUGGCUACAUUGGAGCACUACCUGGUCGCUUUGUGGCAAGUGUCAACAGUAAGGUUAUCUCGAUCAAAUCUAUCGCUCGUAGUACCAAGAACUUGUGGCAAGCAGUACCAUCAACGACGUCAAGUAUGAAGAGUAUCUGGUCGCUGCAAGCUCUCGACUCGAACAGCGUCGAAUCAAGUAUAAACUUUUCUGUGUCCAGAUCGUUCCUACAUCCCGUAGCUAUGGCGUCAAGGUCUCGCAGAAUGGCUCAGCCGAUCCCUCUAGCAGCCGAAGCAAGUAGCUACAGCUCAGCCGACAGAUCUUUCAUGUCGUCCUACCGUCUUGUUGACUCGAAGGAACGAGAAGAAGAAGACUUGAGGAGAUUCGACCAUCGACGAACAUCUCUGAUGAGCUCCAAUGUGGGUCUAUUGGACCAGGAUUCCAUCGCUGACGAAGCUUAUUUCUUGCCCAGAUUGGAUGACGAUCGUGAAGAAGAGCGACUCAAGCUUCUAGAAGUCAUCGUGUCUCCUGCAUGCACGUUGGUUGACCGCAUGCUCAUGCAUCGAAGCUGUGAACUCGCUGCCGCUGCGUUUGGUGUAAAUGCUGCGUUCAUUGCCCGGGUGGACGCCGAGUACGUGCUGAUUGAACACGCCGUUGGUACUCGCGAUCUAGCAGCACAAGACGAGAUCUUACGUCGCGAGUCUCUGUGCGAUUUUGUGCUUUGUCAGCCUCCAAACCAGCCUUUGGUGGUCUUGGACUGCCUCGCUGAUCCACGGACUCGAGAGAUUCCGAUGGUGCAGCACCUACGCAUGCAUUUCUUUAUCGGUAUCAGCGUCUGUGCUCGUGGUCUACCCAUCGCGUGUCUGUGCGCAUUUGGACAAGACGAGGACAAGCAGAGCGAAGAGAAUCAUAGGAAACUGACAGCGUCAUUCUACGAUUCGGGUAUCCUAGAAAACGCGGCACGACAAAUGGAGGACGAGCUGGAGAGUCUUGUCUACGGCUUGGAGCUCUGCUAG